GGAAGGGUGGAUGCUCUCAGCUGGGUGGCGGGAAGAUUUUACUCCCGAGCAGAAGAAAGAUCGGCUCGAGGCCUGGGUGCUUUGAAGUCGGAGAUCCGAGAGUUGGAGAUCGGAGAGUCGGACACAGGAGAGUCGGACACUGGAGAGUCAGACACCGGAGAGUCAGACUGGGCUCCUCAGUGGGGAGAGGCUCUGGGAUAACUACUGUUACAGCUUUGAAGGGUCAAGGGUGUGCGUUUCUUGUUUCAUUCUUCCCUUUCCUGCUGGAGGGCGAGGCCGGUCUGUAGCGGGUCACUUCCUUUCGCCCACACAUUGGCGGAGGAGAAACCGGAACGUUAAUCACUGCUCUGCUCCGAGAACUCGGGCCUUUAGGGGCACGUUCGCCUGCUGACCGGUCUUUUGAUCUCCCCACUCUUUUCCAUGCAGGAGCCUUGGCCACCGAAGCCUGUUUAUUAGCAGCUGCCAUUUGUUGAAAGAAAUUUGGAUUAUUUUAGAAACAAAUUUGGAAAGAAAAAGAAUGGCGUCCGUUUCAGCUCUGACUGAGGAACUGGAUUCUAUAACCAGCGAGCUACAUGCAGUAGAAAUUCAAAUUCAAGAACUAACGGAAAGGCAACAAGAGCUUAUUCAGAAAAAAAAAGUCCUAACCAAGAAAAUAAAGCAGUGUUUGGAGGAUUCUGAUGCCGGGGCAAGCAACGAACAUGAUUCUUCACCUGCCGCUUGGAAUAAAGAAGAUUUUCCAUGGUCUGGUAAAGUUAAAGAUGUUCUGCAAAACGUCUUUAAGCUGCAGAAGUUCAGACCACUUCAGCUUGAAACUAUUAACGUAACAAUGGCUGGAAAGGAGGUAUUUCUUGUUAUGCCUACAGGAGGUGGAAAGAGCUUAUGUUACCAGUUACCAGCAUUAUGUUCAGAUGGUUUUACACUCGUCAUUUGCCCAUUGAUCUCUCUUAUGGAAGACCAAUUAAUGGUUUUAAAACAAUUAGGAAUUUCAGCAACCAUGUUAAAUGCUUCAAGUUCUAAGGAGCAUGUUAAAUGGGUUCAUGCUGAAAUGGUAAAUAAAAACUCCGAGUUAAAGCUGAUUUAUGUGACUCCAGAGAAAAUUGCAAAAAGCAAAAUGUUUAUGUCAAGACUAGAGAAAGCCUAUGAAGCAAGGAGAUUCACUCGAAUUGCUGUGGAUGAAGUUCACUGCUGUAGUCAGUGGGGACAUGAUUUCAGACCUGAUUAUAAGGCGCUUGGUAUCUUAAAGCGGCAGUUCCCUAACGCAUCACUAAUUGGGCUGACUGCGACUGCAACCAAUCACGUUUUGACGGAUGCUCAGAAAAUUUUGUGCGUUGAAAAGUGUUUUACUUUUACAGCUUCUUUUAAUAGGUCAAAUCUAUAUUAUGAGGUUCGGCAGAAGCCCUCAAACACUGAAGAUUUUAUUGAGGAUAUUGUAAAGCUCAUUAAUGGGAGAUACAAAGGGCAAUCAGGAAUCAUAUAUUGUUUUUCUCAGAAAGACUCUGAACAAGUUACGGUUAGUUUGCAGAAUCUGGGAAUUCAUGCAGGUGCUUACCAUGCCAAUUUGGAGCCAGAAGAUAAGACCACAGUUCAUAGAAAAUGGUCAGCCAAUGAAAUUCAGGUAGUAGUGGCAACUGUUGCAUUUGGUAUGGGAAUUGAUAAGCCAGAUGUGAGGUUUGUCAUCCAUCAUUCAAUGAGUAAAUCCAUGGAAAAUUAUUACCAAGAGAGUGGACGUGCAGGUCGAGAUGACAUGAAAGCAGACUGUAUUUUGUACUAUGGCUUUGGAGAUAUAUUCAGAAUAAGUUCAAUGGUGGUGAUGGAAAAUGUGGGACAGCAGAAGCUUUAUGAGAUGGUAUCAUACUGUCAAAACAUAAGCAAAUGUCGUCGUGUGUUGAUGGCUCAACAUUUUGAUGAAGUAUGGAACUCAGAAGCAUGUAACAAAAUGUGUGAUAACUGCUGUAAAGACAGUGCAUUUGAAAGAAAGAAUAUAACAGAGUACUGCAGAGAUCUAAUCAAGAUCCUGAAGCAGGCAGAGGAACUGAAUGAAAAACUCACUCCAUUGAAACUGAUUGAUUCUUGGAUGGGAAAGGGUGCAGCAAAACUGAGAGUAGCAGGUGUUGUGGCUCCCACACUUCCUCGUGAAGACCUGGAGAAGAUUAUUGCACACUUUCUAAUACAGCAGUAUCUUAAAGAAGACUACAGUUUUACAGCUUAUGCUACCAUUUCAUAUUUGAAAAUAGGACCUAAAGCUAAUCUUCUGAACAAUGACGCACAUGCUAUUACUAUGCAAGUGACAAAGUCCACGCAGAACUCUUUCAGGGCUGAAUCAUCUCAAACUUGUCAUUCUGAACAAGGUGAUAAAAAGAUGGAGGAAAAAAAUUCAGGCAACUUCCAGAAGAAGGCUGCAAACAUGCUUCAGCAAUCUGGUUCUAAGAAUACAGGAGCUAAGAAAAGAAAAAUUGAUGAUGCCUGAAAUGAACGUUACUAAAUUUUCUAAUUAAAGAUGGUUUAUGCAUGUAUAUGCCAUUA